ACAUCAAACCCAUGAUGGUUCUUCUGAGCUGUAUUCUAUAAUAAAUAUAAAGGCUAAAUUCUAAAGAAUUUGGUAAUUUGAAUAAUGUGCAACCAGCUUUUAAAUCUACUUGAGUGCAAAGCAGCUUUUUAGUCUAUUUAAUUCUAUAUUCAAAUCAUAAAAUUAGUUCGACAUUUAUGGAAAUCAAAAUUUCAUCUGAAGGUAACGAGCGAGGUCUGCAAAGAUCGCGACCGUUCAAAAUCUGCGAUUCUUCUCGCGAAAGGAAAAAGGGUAUAGUUUGCUCAACAUUGCAGGAACUUAGGAGUAUCUCUUGUGAACAAUUUAUGCUACAGCCUGAUUGCCGUGUCUUUCUGGAAAGUGAUGGAACUGAGGUUGUGUGUGACGAGUAUUUUCAAUUUUUACCGCCACAAACUUUGUUUAUGGUUACAGCAAGUAAUGGAAAAUGGGUGAAAACGAGAUCUGAGGAUAUUCAUUAUGUAGAAGGAAUAGCCCAUAGUGACAGUGAGCAACAAGAAAGUUAUCAUGGCCUUGAUGAGUGUGAUGGCCCAGUUAGGCUACCUUUGUCAAUAAAAAAAAGAAUUCUUGAUGAUCCUGCAAUGUUUUGCUUUUCUCUAUCAACAGAGGAAUUGGAGAAAAUCAGGGAACUUGGACUGGAGACUUUAAAAGAUGAAAUAAAUUGUCCUGUGAAAGAGGUUCGGCUCAUUUUUGACAACUGUGAACAGGAAUUAAACAGGAGAAAAGAUAUCGAACAGACACGUGAACUACUAAAUAUUUGUCAAAAAGCUUUAAACAAGAGUCGACAAAAUAGAGAAAGUCCCGAGGAACCUAGUAAAAAGUUAAAAAGAUAAGGAAAUCACUAAGAGGGAACUAGUACACACACAGAUAGUAAUACAGUACAUACAGAACUUGAAAGUGUUAAAAUUGGACAAAAUCAGCAACAUCACUUGAAAUAGCCCUGUUCCUGUGGGAAAUGACUUGUCAUGUAUUAAAACCUACUGUUGAGAAUGAUGGAAAUCAUGUACCAUAUGCAAAACGUACUGACGUUUUUCUGAAGUCGUUUUCCUACUCUGUGUUCUGUGUAGUUUCAGAUACUUUUUUACUAUGGACACUCAGCAAAGUGCCAACCUUGGUUGGUUUUUAAAUCAUAUGAUUCAUAUCUCUGAAAAUGCAUGGAUUUCAACGUACCAACUUCUGUCACUUAACUUUUUAC